AGUAAAACAACUACUAAAUAAUUAAAAAUAAAAGUUUGUUUUCCUUUUGGUUACUCAACUAAUUUAAAUGUUUUAUUAAACGAUGACAAAUUAUGAAAAUUUAUUAAAUUUGCCAAUGAAUUUUAAUGGCAAUGAAUUGAAUGGUGAUUUAAAUAAUUCCAAUAUACCAACACAACAUGAAGCUGUAAAAAUGUCCCAAAGAGAUUUCUCGGAGAAUGAACCCGAGUGCAAUCCUGAACUCACUGCUGCCAAUCGCGCUUUGUUCUUGGAAAAAGUACGUCAAUCAAAUGCCGCCUGCCAGAGUGGAGACUUUGGUACUGCGGUACUACUCUACACAGAUGCUUUGCAACUGGAUCCCGGCAAUUAUAUACUUUACAGUAAUCGUUCGGCGGCACGUUUAAAACAUGGCCAAUUUGCUUUGGCCUUGCAAGAUGCCACCAAAGCCCGUGAACUUUGUCCCCAAUGGCCUAAAGCCUACUUCAGACAAGGAGUGGCUCUACAAUGUCUGGGCCGCUAUGGCGAAGCUUUAGCUUCCUUUGCUGCUGGCCUGGGGCAAGACCCCCAAAACAAACAACUGCUGGCAGGUCUUUUGGAGGCCUCUAUUAAAAGUCCUUUAAGACAUGCUUUAGAGCCCACUUUACAGCAAUUACGUGCCAUGAAUUUAGAUCAAUCACCCUUUGUGGUCAUAUCUGUGGUGGGUCAAGAACUAUUACAGGCCGGGCAAUAUCACUCAGCCGUUACAGUAUUAGAGGCAGCUUUGCGCAUUGGCUCCUGUUCUUUGAAGCUAAGAGGUUCGGUAUUUAGUGCCUUGAGUUCAGCUCACUGGGCUUUAAAUCAACUGGAUAAGGCCAUAGGUUACAUGCAACAGGAUUUGGCGGUGGCCAAGAGUCUGGGAGAUACUGCGGGAGAAUGUCGAGCCCAUGGCAAUUUGGGUUCAGCCUAUUUUAGCCAGGGCUCGUUUAAGGAGGCCUUAACCGCCCACCGUUAUCAAUUGGUAUUGGCUAUGAAGUGUAAAGAUACCCAGGCCGCUGCUGCUGCUCUUACUUCUUUGGGCCAUGUCUACACCGCCAUAGGCGAUUAUCCCAAUGCCUUGGCCAGCCAUAAGCAGUGUGUUCAACUGGUUAAACAAAUAGGUGAUCGUUUGCAGGAGGCCCGAGAAAUAGGCAAUGUGGGUGCGGUUUACUUGGCCAUGGGAGAAUUUGAUUCGGCUGUUGACUGUCAUACCCAGCAUUUGAGAUUGGCGCGCAAACUAGGCAACCAGGUGGAGGAAGCCAGAGCUUAUUCCAAUCUAGGCUCUAGUCAUCAUUACCGGCGUAAUUUUGCCCAAGCCAUGACGUUUCACGAGCAAGUCUUGAGAAUUUCCCAACAACUAGGAGAUCGUAAUAUAGAGGCCCGAGCUUAUGCUGGUUUGGGUCAUGCAGCUCGUUGUGCCGCCGACUUUGUACAGGCCAAGAAAUGGCAUGAAAAACAAUUGGAAAUGGCUUUGGCGGCACGUGACAAAAUCGGUGAAGGAAGAGCCUGUUCCAAUCUGGGUAUAGUUUACCAAUUGCUGGGAGAACAUGAUGCCGCCUUGAAAUUGCAUCAGGCUCAUCUUACCAUAGCCAGGCAGCUGCAUGAUCGUGCUGGCAUGGGUAGAGCUUAUGGUAAUAUAGGAAAUGCCUACUCUUCAGCUGGCUUAUACGAGGCCGCCAUCAAAUACCACAAACAGGAAUUGACCAUUAGUAAGGAAGUUAAUGAUCGCAGUGCCGAGGCUUCUACCCAUGGUAAUUUGGCAGUGGCUUAUCAAGCUUUAGGUGCCCAUGACAUGGCUUUAAUACACUAUAGAGCUCAUUUGAACAUAGCCAGGGAGCUGAAGGAUACACAAGGCGAAGCUUGUGCUUUAUUGAAUUUGGGCAACUGUUUAAGUUCCAGACAAGAAUUUGCCCAGGCUGUGCCCUAUUAUGAACAGUAUUUAAUGUUAUCCCAAGAACUGGGAGAUGUGGCGGCCGAAGGUAAGGCCUGUCACUUUUUGGGCUAUGCCCACUAUUGCAUUGGCAAUUACAGAGAAGCCGUCAGAUACUACGAUCAAGAUUUAGCUUUGGCCAAAGAUUUGCAAGAUAAAAUGAAUAUGGGUAGAGCUUAUUGUAAUCUGGGACUGGCCCAUUUAGCCCUGGGUAACAACCAGGCAGCCUUAGAGUGUCAAAAAUACUUUUUAGCCGUGGCCCAUAUGACCAACCAUUUGUCGGGCAAGUUCCGUGCUUUAGGCAACAUAGGCGAUAUACUUAUCAGAACCGCCGAGAUAGAGGAGGCGGCCAAAAUGUAUCAACGUCAACUAACUUUGGCCCGGCAGGCCCGUGAAAGAUCUAUGGAAGCAGCAGCCUGUGGUGCUUUGGGUUUGGCUCAUCGUUUGAUUAAGAAAUAUGACAAAGCUUUGGGUUAUCAUACACAAGAAUUGACCUUAAGACAGGAAAUGUCUGAUUUGAAAGGAGAAUGCAAAGCUCAUGGCCAUUUGGGAGCAGUGCAUAUGGCUUUAUGCAACUAUACCCAUGCGGUUAAGUGCUAUCAAGAGCAAUUGGAAAGGGCCCAAGAGUUACAAGAUUCGGCCAUAGAGGCUCAGGCUUAUGGUAAUUUGGGUAUAGCCAAACUAAAUAUGGGUCAUUAUGAAGAUGCCAUAGGCUAUUUGGAACAACAGUUGGGUACUUUGGAGCGUGUGAAUCUACCCACAACACAACAUGAUCGUGCCCGAGCUUUGGGACAUUUGGGUGAUUGUUAUGAUGCCUUGGGUGAUUAUGAGGAGGGCAUUAAGUGUCAUGAACGUCAUUUACAAUUGGCCACUUCGUUGCAAAGUUUUCGUGACCAAGAACGGGCUUAUCGUGGCUUGGGCCACAGUCAUCGAGCUUUGGGUAAUUUACAAGAAGCUUUAGUGUGUCUAGAGAAACGAUUGGUGGUGGCCCAUGAAUUGGGUAGUCCAGAAGUGAAAGCGGUUUCCUAUGGUGACCUGGGUAAUAUACAUUGUGCCUUGGGCAAUCACGAACAGGCGGUAAAUUGUCUGGAACAUCAGCAGGAAAUAGCCAGAGAAUUGGGAGAUAGAAUGCUGGUAUCCGAUGCCACCAGUGCUUUGGGUAAUGUCUAUCAACGCAUGGGCGAUAAUGAUGGGGCCUUGAAAUUGCAUAAAAUGGAUUUGGAAAUGGGUGAACAUUUGGGAAAUGCCUUUAUGCAGGCCAGAGCCUGUGGUAAUUUGGGUGCAGUAUAUGAAGCCAUACGUUCCUAUGUGGAUGCGGUGAAGUUUUAUGAGAAACAAUUGGCGUUAACCUCGGAUAGAUUGAGUAAAACUUAUGCUUGCGGUUCAUUGGGACGAGUAUUUCAUCAAAUGGGUCAACAUGCCCAGGCCAUUAACUAUUUGAAACAGGGCUUGAGUAUAGCACAAUCAAUUAAUAAAUCGGAAGAGGAGGCCAAAAUAAGACAUCAAUUGGGUCUUGCCUUAAGAGCUUCCGGUGAUAAUGAAGGUGCUAAACUACAAAUGGAAACUGCCGCCCAGCUGUUGGAAUCGGUACGCUACGAUCAACGCAGUCCCGAGGCCCGCAGCAGUCUGUUCGAUUUGCAAACCUCUUGCUAUCACAUUUUACAGCAAAUCUUUGUGGCCAUGCAACGCAACGAAGAUGCUUUAGUUGCGGCAGAACGUUGUAAGGCCCGCUCCAUGCCCGAUACUAAUAGUAUUUCCCGCAAAACCAUGAUGACUUGCAGUGAAAGUAUCUACGACAUUGUGAAUCGUACCAAAACCAAUGUUUUAUACUAUAGCUUGGCGGGUGAUGAGUUGUAUGCCUGGUUUUUACAGCCCCAAAAGGGCAUUGUACGUUUUCAUUCCAUCAAAAUUAGUGAGGAGUCUUUGAAAAUGUCCACCGAAAAGUUGGCCGAACAUGCCAAGGAUACGGAGGAUAAAGAAAGUCUUUUGGAGCGUUACAUUAAUAUGGUGCGUGAUAAUUUGGGUGUUAAUUCGGAUUCGGUGUUGCACGAAGGUGAUGGCAGUGGCUGGCGUUCUAGUUCGGAGAAUCUAUUGGAUGAUUUCUCCAAUGAAAGAUCGGGUUUUCUGCGCAUGGUUAAUCGUAAUCAUUUAAUGAACUCCUCCAACUAUUCCCUAAGUUCCUUAUUCAGUUUGGGUUCUGUGGGUGGUUCGGUGGCCAGUUUGCAAGGUUCUACUAGAUCCAUAGGCAGUUUACAAGGCUCCUCACGUUCUCGUCGUGCUCCCAUGCUGCCCGCUUGGCAGGGUCCUUCUUGUCUCCACACUUUAUUCAACAUUUUAUUGUCUCCUUUUGAUGAUCUGCUGCCCACAGGGGGAGCUGUGUCCAGACAGGGCCGCAAAGAGUUGAUUUUGGUUUUAGAUAAUGAAUUGUAUUUGGUGCCUUUCGCCAUUUUACGUAGUGCCAAAGAGGAUGGUGAAUAUUUGUCCGAAAGAUGUUCCCUAAUCACAGUGCCCUCCCUGCAGUCCUUAAGAAUGAAGAGUAAAAUGUUGCGUUCCCGCGAAUUGGCGGAAAAUCUUAAUACAGCCUUAGUGGUGGGGGGACCACGUAUACCCUCCACCUUGUCCGAGACUUGGGGAUGGUCAGAGUCCCCAGCUUCUUUGCAAGAAGCAGCCAUGGUGGCUGACAUGUUGCAAGCCAAAACCCUGGCGGGCUGUAAUGCCACAAAGGAAGCGGUGGUCUCCGAGCUACCAUCGGCUGAAUGUGUACACUUUGCUGCCAAUCUAAGCUGGAAAAUGGGUGCAGUGGUAUUAAGUCCGGGCGAUGUUGUGGACUCUCAAUCGCAAAAACGUUUCUAUCAGUCUUCAAAUGCUGAAAACUCCGCAGAACAAGAUGAGACACCCGAGUUGUCGGGAGGCAAUAUGGAAUUGCCACAAUUAUCCGAUUUCAUUUUAUCUUCAACAGACGUUUUAAAUAUGAAACUUAAUGCAAAAUUGGUGGUUUUAAGUUCCUAUCAUUCCAUAGAGCCUAUAACAGGUACGGGAGUAGCUAAUUUGGCGGGUAGUUGGUUAUGUGCAGGAGCUGGUGCUGUAUUAAUAUCUUUAUGGCCAGUACCAGAGACAGCAGCCAAGAUUUUGUUAAGGGCCUUCUAUUCGGCCUUAUUGCAAGGUGUAAGAGCAGCCAGAGCUUUGGCAGAGGCCAUGCAAACGGUGCAGCAUACCAAACAUUUUGCCCACCCCGCCAACUGGGCUGGUUUCCUGCUUAUAGGCGGCAAUGUGCGGCUUUCCAACAAGGUGGCUCUAAUGGGCCAUGCUUUAUGUGAACUCAUGCGUACUCCCGAUAAAUGUCGUGAUGCUUUGCGUGUUUGUUUGCAUUUGGUGGAGAAAAGUUUACAACGGAUACAUCGUGGUCAAAAGAAUGCCAUGUAUACUACACAAAAGAGUAUAGAGAAUAAAGCGGGUCCUGUGGGAGGCUGGAAAGAUUUACUGAUGGCAGUUGGUUUCCGUUUUGAACCAGCCGCCAAUGGCAUACCCUCCAGUGUUUUCUUCCCGCAAGCCGAUCCAGAAGAUCGUCUUUCCCAAUGUUCGGCCAGUUUGCAGGCAUUGUUGGCUCUAACACCCUUGACCUUGCAGGCUUUAGCCAAACUUGUUAAUAGCUCGGAUGUGGCUGAUGAUAUUAUAGCUGUCGUACGCAAUGUAUUGACUCAGUAUCCUCCCAAAGGUAGUCCCGAAAUAGAAGCCUCCAUAGAGAUACCAUUAUCGGUUAGAUUGUGGCGCGUGGCUGGAUGCCAUGAACUAUUGGCUUCUGUGGGUUUUGAUCUCACCGAAGUGGGUCAAGAUCAGGUGACUUUGAGGACCGGCAAACAGGCCAAUCGCAGAACCUGUCAGUUUGUGUUGCAGGCUCUCUUAGCUUUAUUUGACACCCAAGAGGCCCCCAAAACUUUAGGCUUAGACCCUUCCAGCAGCUGUGAAUCCUUGAUAGAGGAAACUACAGCCGAUAUUACUUUAACAAAUGCCACCUCUACUUUGCCGGCUUUGACUUCCACGCCCCAUCAGAAUUUGGCCUUAGACACUACGAAAUCCUUAAAUAUGGGCUUGACUUUGCCACCGCUGCCCAUAAAUCGUUCUCGCUUGAUUAGCAACGGCAGUGGAGCCUUUAUAUCCUAUGUACGUCGCCGCGGAGAACCAGAUGGUGGCAGAACAGAUAACGAGUCCACUCCAGCCAGUGCUUCUAGUAGUACUGGCGUAUUAUAUCCCACUUUGGAUUCCAGUUUAAAUAAUACCACUGACAGUGAACUUUCAGAUGGUUAUAUAUCUCAAUCACAUAUAACCAAAACGAAUGCUUGUCGUUUGGGACCCUCUACCCUAAGAGGUCCUAUAAGAGUUUCCAGACCAGGCGGUGGAGGAGAAAGUGAUGCUGCUUUUACGCCCAGUCCGCCAGUGACAAAUCAAAAUCCUGUAGAUCCUAAUGUUUCGCUGGCUUUGGCUCAUCAGACUAGAAUAAGGAAUUUGUAUUCCAGCAGUGGCAUGGGUUACUUGGGAGACAAUGUUAUACCCGAAAUGUCAGCUGUGCCAGCCAAUACCAACAACAGAAGGCCGGAUAGUUCUAGUUCGGCUAGUUCCACCACAGAUUGGGAGGGUUCUGGUCAUGCCACAGUAUUACGCAGAGGAGGUCUUAUGCCUCCCUUGCCGCCACCACGACAAAAUCUGCCUUUGGUGGAUAGCUUAAGACCUUUAGCACCCAUGGCUCCGGUAUACAAUAAUUUGGGACAAUCGGUGGGUCCUAAUUUACCCACAGCAACCACUGGAACUCUAGACUCCAAUAGCAGUGAAUCGGACUUUGAAAGAGGCUUAAAGGUGGGACAAAUGUCUCAUUUCCGUUUGAAACCCAAAAUCAAACUGGGAAGCGCCCAAACUUCGGUGGCAGCCAGAGUAAACAAAGAACAUGCUCUGUUCAUGGAUCGUUUAAGUGUAAGAACUGAGGUCAAUACUUUGGCCACAGCAAAUGCUGUUGCUACAGCCUCUACAGUGGCCACAAAUAAUACGGCGGGCAGUAGAAAACCCAUUAAUAUACCCGAAGAUGAAGACAAUGCUUUAGUGUUUAAUGCUUCUAACUUAUACUUUUCACAAGCUGACAAUGAUCUUUUGCAAGAAGCUAAAAAGGAUUUAAGUACAGCCAAUGCAAAUAGCAUUGCCAACCCUAGUAGUAUUAACACACAAGGAGCUGUGGCCAAGGAAGCGGUCAAGACCAACCAAAAAACCAUACAAGAUUCCAUAAUGCGUCACAUGAAUAGAGAAAUGACCCCCACCAUUUCAGAGGUAUAUCACGAACGCAAUUUGGGCCUGGGUCUAGCACCGCCUCUAUCAAAACUAUUGCUUAGCAAAAACUAUGAUGAAACGGAAACUUGUAAGGCCACACCAGCCGCCAGCAAUGCUUUAAAGUCAUUAGUGGAUGCUGUCAGUGAAAUGGAGUUAAGCGGAGCUUCCUCUACCUCCUCGGUUAGUACGGCCAAUACCAAGACUCUCAACACUCAAUGUUCUGCAAAUAACACAGCACCCAAAGAAGUCUGUUCGAUUUGUGGCGAACCGGCUGAUAUUAUAUGUCGCUGCAAGGCGGCCACCGUACAAAAGAAAUCCAAUUUGAAACCCUGGCUCAGCAAUGUACCCUCGAGUAUUGUCAAGGCCAGUGAUCUAACAACGGCCGAUAAUUUGGAGAGACAGCACAAAAUACGCACCAGUGUUACCAGUAAUAUAACCAAUUUGAAACGGGCUCCCAGUCCUUUUAACGAAUUCUGUCGCCGUGAUGAGGGUGAUGGCCGAUCGGUGGCAGAUUCCCAGUGCAGUAGUAAUUAUAAGAAUAUAACGGCUUUAAAGAAUGAUGCAAGCCAGCAGGCUAAUAAUAUUGUGAAUAGGAAGGCAUAA